UCUGAGUAACAAUAGAAUUAUUUGGAUCCAAGACACCUCGCUCAAGCUCUUUCAAAAUCUGAAAAUAUUAGAUUUAUCCAAUAACGGCUUGUCAUGGCUAUCCGAUGGAGUUUUUCAGAUAGAUAGUUUGAAAGUUCUAAAUUUGAAAGGCAACAAACUGCAAAAAGCAGUUGCCAUUAUAACGGAAAGAAAAUUGAAAAACGUUCGAUGGUUUUUUGGUUUGAAUAACUUGGAAAGCUUGGAUAUUUCCUCAAAUUCUUUGUCGGAAUUACCUGAGUUUGUUUUUCAACCUCUCGGAAAUUUGCUCAAUUUGAGCAUGCAACUCAAUGCCUUCAGCGAAUUUAAACAUGACAAUAUUUUCGAUCCUCUUGUAAAUCUAAAUUAUCUAGACAUCUCAGGAAUGGAAAGUCUCAAUCAAAUCAAUAGGUUAUGGUUCAGACUAAUGCGAAAUCUCGUAAAUCUCAAACACUUAAAAACAAAUGUAUUUACUGAUUGCUGUUUCGUCAAUGCUUAUAAACCUGACGUCGAUUGCAUAGCACCGUCGGACACCAUUGCCAGCUGUGAACGAAUGAUUAAAUAUGCUGCACUGCGUUAUCUCAUGUGGUUCUUGGUUGUUCUAACCAUUGGUGGGAAUGUCUUCGCUCUGUUGCUAAGACUGGUAAAAGAUGAUUGCAGUCGAGUACAGAACUUGUUUAUAUGCAGUCUCAGUUUUAGUGACAUGCUCAUGGGUGUCUAUUUAAUUGGAAUCAUAAACCAAGAAAUCGCGACUGAAGGAGAAUAUUACAAGCAUGAUUAUCCCUGGCGAACUGGAACUCCGUGUAAAGUGUUUGGCAUAAUAUCUGUCAUAUCCAGCGAGGUAUCUGUGUUUACUCUGGUAUACAUUGCAUACGACCGUUUCUUGCACAUAGCUCAUGCGAUGGAGUUUCGAAAGAUCGGCUAUCGUUCGGCGCUGUUCUUACUUUUGGCAACAUGGCUUGUCUGCUCUGCUAUCGCCAUUGUCCCAGCCACCGUGAAAACGUAUUUCGUUGAUGACGUCCGAAGAGUUGGAUUCUACGGGACUAACAGCAUCUGUAUGCCCCUUCAGUUACCUGGAGACGACACAAUCGCAUGGGAAUACUGCCUAACUAUAUUCGGAAUACUGAAUUUUAUUGGUGCUGCCUAUCUUAUUAUCGCCUAUAUUCAAAUGUUUUACUCGUCAUACAGUAGUGCAAAAGACGCCAACAAUAGCAGCCGUCUCGGAGCUCAUACUACCAUGGCAAAGCGUUUUGCUGCAGUUGUUUUUACGGAUGUGUGUUGCUGGGUCCCCAUUGCUAUGUUGUUGUUCUUGUCUCUUGCUAGGGCUAUUAACGACACGGGCAACACUUUGUAUUUGUGGUUUUCAAUCUGCGUGAUUCCGAUCAACUCAGCCAUCAACCCGAUCUUAUACACACUCAGCACACCAAUGUUUUGGCAGAAAGUUAAGGAUGUCAUCAAGAAAUUCAUAUUCAGCGUUUCAAAAAGUCGUAUGAGUGGCAUUGACGAUGAACACGUGUAUGAUCGUGCAAAGAAGUCUUAAAUUUCCAGUUUGAUAAUUAACUUUGUGGCUGUUAGAAACUUGUAGAACUACUGAGUAUGACGUAAUUAUUGAUCAAGUUCCUUUGCACUUAAUAAUGUUAAAGUGUGUAGUAUUUAUCAAAAUGCAGCAUGUAAAUUCUUUUGGAUGUUCAUAAGGAUAAAUUUUAGUUUGUCAUGGUAUGAAAAAACCUAAUUUCAAUGCACAUUGUAGAAAAACAUAAUUUGGUGCACAUUGUAUAAUGCAUAAGUAAAAAUACGCAAUUAAUUGUUUGUUUGUUUGUACUUAACAUUAAAAAUUAUCAUUAGAAAAGUAGAGUAUAAUUCAAUUAAAGUUCUCGUGGUUA